AUGACCGUCACCUUCCCCACGGCCGAGCGAGACCGCGUGUGCGCACCAGUGGCGCAUAUGACACUCUACUUCAAACCAGGAUACCCUCCACUUAACAUGAAUCAGAUUAAGCAUGUCAGUGACGCCUACUAUGGGGCCAGCCCUCAGAGCUACAUACAGCCCUUCCUACCCAACGCAGACAAAGUGGUGCUAGGCGUGGGAACG